GCAGUCUUCUUUAGUUUAGUGAACAAACAAUAGUAAAACAAUAUAAAAUUAAAACUUAGCUGCAAUAUAGUAUCUGCUUAUUAAAAGUUAUUUAACCCUAACUCUAACUGGGUGGCCAAGACUGGUCUAAAGUCUAAACUGAGCCAAUCAUAAGAUUAUUUAAAAAAAGACCUCCGAAUAGUAUAGCAUUUAGUCUAAAGGGACCAGGGUCCAAAUAGCGGCAAAAAACAUCACCCCGGGUGGAUAGGACUCAUUAAUCUUGGAUGGCAUCUCAUCUAAGAGAAGAAAACUCUGAAUUCAAACCCGGAGAUAGAUUCCCUUAGGCUGAAAACAUUGACACAAUGAAACAUUCUGACAACGCCACUGGUGCCAAGCUGUAUCAUCCACAUAUGAUUAUAAUGUUCCCUUUGUUUAUCCACCGGCGUGAAGGGAGAUGAUUUGCUGUGUAGGAACAAGCUUAUAAUCCUAAAAAAAAGAAUAAUCCCAUGCCUUGUGGAUUUCGUCCUGAAAUGUCUACACCAAUAUCACAUUGUGACGAACAGACGCCAGCAAAAAAAAAAAACUGGUCUUUUUAAUAACUUAAAAAUAUUUUAAUGUAUAGCCUAAUAAUAAUAACCCAUACAUAAUGUCAUAUGCAUAACUUAAAUUUAAUUAAUUAAAUUAAUGAUUCAUGUCAUUAAAUAAAUUAAUUACAAUAGGCCUUAAGAUUAACUUGUAAAAUAAGGUAGUCCUCUAUAUUUUUGUUUGCUGCUAGCAAGUAUGUAAGUAGGGCUACUUUUACAAUAACUAUAAAUUUGUAGAUUUUAAAUUUGAAUAUGUAGCCCAUUUAAUACAACAGCUCCAAUUUUAUAUACUAUGCAUACAGUAACUAUGCAUAUUAUGUCUGUCAUUCACAGAUGAAAUUUAAAAGAUAAGAAGAUGGAUAUUACAAGAGUUGGUCAUUUGGCAGCAGCAACAGCUUCAACUCAGGUGGUGAGAAUAGUUCACAUCUCUGAUACACAUCUCGGACACAAUGCUUUGACACCACCUCGACCUAUCAGUGGGAAUAUUUCUAUACGCAGAAGCAACAGCAAUGAUACGCCCAAUCAGAUUGUUGAUGAGAAGGGGAUUGAUGCCUUUGAAAGGAGAUCAAAUUCUUUCCUUGAAUCCAGUGAUGAUACUUUUCAUAAAGGUGGCGUAUUUCUUAGCAAUCUGAGGAGAUCUUACUCAAGUAUUUAUGAAAUUCCAUGUGGUGACAUUCUUGUCCAUUCCGGUGAUUUUGACUGGUCAAAAAUUUCUGGGGGGCUCUUUCGCUCUGACAACUUUGAGGAGAUUGUGCAACUAAUGAAUGACUUUUUUGAUAGAUUUCCACAUAAAAUAAAACUGUUUGUAGCUGGUAACCAUGAGAUGUCUCUUGAUGGGAAAAAAAUUCAAACUGUUCAAGAACGCCUGAUAUCAGCUACCUAUCUCUACAACUCUUCUUUUAUAUAUGAAGGCAUCCACUUCUAUGGUGCACCUUAUUCACCUUUCAGACUGAUGACCAACGCUCGUGGAUUUAUUUGCAACUCAAGAAAAAUAGCCGCUCAUUGGCGAGACAUACCCUCGAAAACUGAUGUCCUGAUUACCCACACUCCUCCACAUGGCAUACUUGAUCUUGCCACUGACUGGUCCACUCGUAAAAUUCCCACAUUAAUACAUGCUAUACAUCGAGUGGUGCCCAGCUCUACUUGUGAAACUUGUGGUAUGGAACACCCAGGCAGAAGUCACUGGGGCUGUCCUCAUCUGAGGGAGGAAGUUCUCAUAAGAAUCAAGUAAGUAACAGAUUACACUGGUGGUUACUCUCACUCUCAGUCACUAAAUAGAGAAAAAAUAUAUAUUUAGGCUUAUUUGAUGUUUCAGCUUGAUGCCAUCCUUAGCCACUCCUGAUUUUAAACUUUAAAUGCAGAUCAAACUUUUAUUGAAAUUUGAGUGUAACAUAAAUGUUAAAGUUGUGAAGUAUAGGUUGUAUGUUGUUUGUUUCCCAUCAGUGCUUACAGUUUUAUAUAAUUUUUGUUUUUAUCCAUUAGAGCUGAGGCUUGAGAAUAGUAAUUUAAAUUUAUAUUGUGUUAGAAGUAUUUUGAUGCCAAAAGGUGCUUUUUAAAAAAUCAGAAUUGCAAAUAUACUACAGAUGAACACAUUAUACUAGGCUCUGAAACAACCAACACAUUAUACAUGGCUCUGAAACAAACAACACAUUAUACGCGGCUCUGAAACAAACAACACAUUAUACCAGGCUCUGAAACAAAUGUUCAUUCAAUUAUUUUUAUCUUCCUAGGCCACACCUUCACCUAUUUGGACACGUCCAUGAAGCCAAUGGUAGUCUAAGUAAGAAAGGAAUAACAUUUUCCAACUCAGCAUAUGCCUCUUUUAAACGGCCACAUGUCUUUGAUUACUUUACUGCCUCAUGAGUCCAAGAAUACUGUUUUGUAGAGGGUACCAAUGUCAACUGUUAGAUAAUAUUAUAUAUGUUACUAUUUAUUAUAUUGUUGACAGUAACACAUAUCAAUGCAGUAGCUGAAAGACAUUUUUUUUUCUAUUUUACUUUUUUACCAUCACAAACUACUAUUAGGAUUGACACCUAUUCACAUAAAUAGGUCUCUGGUUCCCUUAGAUAGAUCAUGUUACUAAUGUUCUUGUCAAUUAUUUUGUUUACUGGCCUAAUUUUGCUAUUUUAUUUACCUCAACAAGCUGAUAACAAUUUGAUAACUCGACC